CAAAACAUGUUUGUUUACAUAGCAGAUCAUGAAGAGAGUGUAAACAUCUUUUUUUUAAAUUUUGAAGAACAACCAAAAAUAAAUUGAAUAAUGUCGUGGUUACAAGAUCUCGCUGGGAAGGCGGAAAAUAUUCUAACAAAAAUCGACCGUAACGCGGCAACAGUUCUCCAAAUUCAGAAUCGUCAAUCGUCGGAAAAUGGUGAUGUGGAACUCAUAGAACCAUUGUUGGAAGUUAGUACAAAUGCAGGACCAAAAUUUGAAUACCGAAAUACUACUGUUCUACAAGUCCCGAUAAAAUCAAAUUCAACUAAAUCGUUAUCAUUAGCAGUCAAAUCGCCUAAAAAAUUGAAAAGACCAGAUCCUGCAUCCCAAAAUGAUCGAAUUGUCAUCACCGAUGCUGAUGUGGAGGAAGGACUUCCGAAAUCAUCAGACAAACAAUAUUCAUCACGCAGGUGUUCGAUUGAUUCCAAAACUGAUGAAAUUGAAGGAACUCCAAUGCAUAUUACAGAGAACAACUGUGUUUCAAACUCGGACCAUUCGAUAAGCGAAGAAAUAGCGGCGGCUCAACUUCUGCUUGAAGAAAUUAAAACGGAAAGAGAUGAAAUGAAAAUUGAGGUGAAUAGUGGAGAAUGCCGUAAUGCAGAAUCUAGAUUGAAAGAACUUGAAUCACUUUACCAACACUUAGUCGAUGAAAACAAUGAGCUGCGUAUCAAAUGUUUGUCAGUUGAAGAGUCCAAUGCAAAAUAUAUGAAGUCUAUUCCAGAAUUGGAAUCCAUAAUCUCGAAACACAUUCAAAAUGAACAUGUAUUGAAUCAAAAACUUGAGAUGUCUCAAUUGGAGACCAAAAAUGCUACCGUAGAGCUUCAACAGUAUCGAGUGAGAGCUCAUGCUACACUUCAACUCAAAGAGAAUAUUAUUGAACAAUUGAAACAAAAGUUAUCCACAAAUGCUGAUGGACAUGAUUCUAAUGAAAACAGUAAUUCCGAACAAAUAAUGCUAAUAGAGUUGGAGCAGAUGAAAAACGAACGAAUCAACAUGGAAGAAGAACUGUCCGCCCUGAAAGAUAGAUACGAACAAUCGAAAAUGUUAUGGGAAGAUAUGGAGAGUAAAUUUAAAAAAUCAGCUUCGGCUUUAGAGACCAGAAACGAUGAGCUUCUAGUGCAGCUCAACGUUAAAGUAACCAAGUUGCUUCAGCUGGAAGAUGAUCUAAAUAUCAAACAGAGAGAACUGAUGUCUACCCGUGAGGAAUUGGCCAAACAAAAGACAGCGUUUGCUCUUAAGCUUCAUGAAAGAGAAACAGAGGUUGCAAAACUGCGCAACAGGAUCAAGGAUAGUUCAACCAGUUCAUCGUCAGAUUUAGAGCUACGACUAAAUUCGCUUACCCAAUCGUUGGUACAAAAACAGUCUUCUAUGGAAUCCGUAACAGCCGAACGGAAUGCAUUGCGGCUUCAAUUGGAAAAAUUAGAUGCUCAGUAUCGAAGUACUGUGACACAAAUUCGUCAACAAAGGGCGUCUUAUUUGAGCUGUAAUGAAACCGAUGAUGCAAAAUCACAAUUGCCGAAUUUUAUGGUUGAAAAUCCUUUCGAUAACAAUGUGGCCAGAAGAGUGAAGCGAGCGUAUUCAUCUCUUGAUUCGGUUGGAAUACGAUUGGGAACAUUCAUGAGACGCUAUCCCCUGAUUCGAAUAUUAGUCAUUGUUUAUGUUGCAAUAUUACACCUGUGGGUGAUGUUUGUACUCCUAUCUUCGACACCGGCUGUAUAAGAUAAAUUAUAGGAAUAGGAACACAUUCCGCCAUGUUAUAUUAUAAAUUUAUAACUGUGUUUAUAACUUUUGUUGGCAUCUGCGGGCAUGCGCUUCUAAGAUGUUUUUAUGUUUAUUUGGAUAAUAAAACAAUUGAUUCGGAAAUGA